UCUGCUGAUCCUGUAGAUGCUCUGAUGAUGGAAAUGCCAUUUGUCGACAUAGAUAUUGAAGAUGAAUUUGCUAUAUGCUCAACCUCUGAAGUAAAUAUAAAAAAGAAGAGGAAGAGGACUGCUGGAAGGGAAAAUGAAGAAGACACUGAGAGAAAGAAGAAAAAGAAAAAACAGUAUCGGCCAAAUUAUUUCAUAUCUAUCCCAAUUACUAAUCCAGAGAUUACUGGUGGUAUUCAGGCUGUCCAAGACACAAUAUUACAGAAGGAUCAUAGGCUUUCCAAAGCAAUGGUUCACUGUGGCUCGCUGCAUGUCACGCUACUGGUGAUGCAUUUAUCCAGUAAGGAAGAAGUUAGCACAGCAGUUGGUGCUCUUUCAGACAGCAAAGAUUUGGUGGAAGAUCUCCUAAAAGGAAAAACUGUGGAUUUAUCUUUUCGAGGAAUUGACCACUUCAGAAAUGAAGUUGGAUUUGUGAAGCUGGCAGAAAGUGAUCAUACCGCUGUGCUUACGGAGGUAGCAGGGACUAUAAAGAAGAUAUUUCAAGAAAAGGGCAUCUUGGCAGGAGGAGACAGAGCUUUUAAACCCCAUCUGACCUUCAUGAAGCUGUCAAAAUCACCAAAGCUGCAUAAGGAGGUGAAAAAAAUUGAUCCAAGCCUAUAUGAAAAAUUUAAAUGCCAUUAUUUUGGAGAUGAAAUUCUGCACCGCCUAGAUCUUUGCUCCAUGCUGAAGAAAAAGCAGCCUAAUGGUUAUUACUACUGUGAGUCCUCUAUCAUUCUUGGUGAAAAGCAGGCGGCAGAGCCGGACGAUGCGGAGCUGCUGAGCCUCAGCAAAAGGCUGGUGGAGAAUGCGGUGCUCAAGGCCGUGCAGCAGUACCUGGAGGAGACGCAAAACAAAAACAAACAGGCUGAUGGAAGCCCGGUGAAAACCGAAGAAGCAGCUAGUGGCAGCAAGCAUGAAAACGAGAAUGGUAGCAGCAAGUGAGCGUGUGCAAAAGCCCA